UGGGCACAGGUGGGUGGCACUGGUGGGCACAGGUGGGUGGGCACAGGUGGGUGGCACUGCUGGGCACAGGUAGGUGGCACUUCUGGGCACAGGUGUGUGAAAUUGCAGAGUGGCACAGGUGGGUGCACUGCUGGGCACAGGUGGGUGCACUGCUGGGCACAGGUGGGCAGAACUUGCGCGUGGCACUGCUGGGCACCGAUCAUCAGGGCACUGAUCAUCAGUGCCCUGAUGAUCGGUGCCGAUCCCCGCUCUGACAACUGCCGGUUCUCGGCAGUACUUUCCUCACGAUCUGACAGCGUGAGGAAAGUGCAGCCGAGAACCGGCACUUGC